AUGGUGCUGCUGCUACUUGUGGCCAUCCCGCUGCUCGUGCACAGCUCCCGCGGGCCCGCGCACUACGAGAUGCUGGGCCGCUGUCGCAUGGUCUGCGACCCGCACGGGCCCCGCGGCCCAGAUCCCGACGGGUCCCCUGCUUCGGUGCCUCCCUUUCCCCCAUCAGCCAAAGGCGAGCCUGGCCGGAGGGGCAAAGCUGGGCUGCGAGGACCUCCGGGGCCACAGGGACCGAGGGGUCCCCCGGGAGAGCCAGGCAGACAAGGCCCCCCAGGUCCCCCAGGCCCAGGCCCUGGAGGAGCCGUGCCUGCCCCCUACUCUCCCCGGAUCGCCUUCUACGCUGGGCUGCGUCGGCCUCAUGAGGGCUAUGAGGUGCUGCGCUUCGACGAUGUGGUGACCAACGUAGGCAACGCUUACGAGGCGGCCAGUGGCAAGUUCACCUGUCCCAUGCCGGGUGUGUACUUCUUUGCCUACCACGUGCUGAUGCGCGGCGGCGACGGCACCAGCAUGUGGGCAGAUCUGAUGAAGAACGGGCAGGUCCGAGCCAGUGCCAUCGCCCAGGAUGCAGACCAGAACUACGACUAUGCCAGCAACAGCGUCAUCCUGCAUCUGGACGUGGGGGACGAGGUGUUCAUUAAGCUGGAUGGCGGCAAGGUCCACGGGGGGAACACCAACAAGUACAGCACCUUCUCUGGCUUCAUCAUCUACCCGGACUGA